CAAACCUGGUAUUAGGGAGCAAGAAUUUCUGAUUAGAGGAUAAAACUUCUCUCUUUCAAAAUUGGGCAUUUCAUAUAAGCCCUAUUUACCCGUUAUUGCACUCAUACAGUGUACACAGGUACAGAUCUGCAAGUACUGUGCUUAUUCACAAGUUAUGCUGAAUGCAGGUACAGCAGUAUACUUCCUAUCUAUAUCCUACCUUUGUGGGGACCUGCACCCAGGUUCACUUUUUAAAGGAAGGCGAGUGCCGCUGUAAAGCAAUCUUUCUUUCAUAACAUGCCUCCAGUGUUCCAAAGGGUUAAGCCAACAAAACUCUGUUUCCUAGAAAGGACUUUCACCCACAAAAUUCUGUUUCCUAGAGAGGACUUUCACAAUAAAGAGAGUCGGUCAAAGUUGUGGGUUCUCUCUAACCUGCGCUAGGGCAGUGGGUUGGUUCUGAAUUCCUCUGGGGCAGAUUGAGGAGGAGAAGGGACAUCUUGGUGCUGUGGAGAGGGAGAAGCUCCACACUUGGUUAGAUCAUGAUCAUUUGUUGUAGAGUUUUCCAUGGCAUGCAGCCAUCUUUGUGAGUUUGUCAAGGGAUGAAAAUGGAAGAGCAAGUUCCUGCAGGUUGUAUACCAGGGGAGGCAUCAGAAGAGGCAAUAAAAGCCCUCCACAUUGGCCAAGGAACUGUAGAUUACAAACUCAGGAUGGAGAAGGAAGAGAACCCUCUGGGAGCAAUGCAUUCUGGGAGUACUAGUGGAUCCCUCAGGACAACUCCCCAUCAAGUGAAGGAGGAACCAGAAGAGGGUUUGGCCCAGAAUUGGGAAGCCCAGUGGCAGGAGUUCCUAAGGACAGUGGAGUCAUCUCACUCAAGCUGGGGAACCCCACAAUUGCCAGAAGAGCCCAAACCAUGGGGCGAUCCUAAGGCCUUUCUAGCCACCUUUGAGCAAGUGGCUGAAGCCUGCCAGUGGCCCAAAGAAAAGUGGGUGACCCAAAUCCUGCCAGCCCUCAGUGGAGAAGCCAAAGAGGCCUACAGCAGGCUGGAAACCAGAGACAGAGAAGAUUAUGGGAAGGUGAAGGCAGCCAUCUUGCGGCGAGACACUAUCCUCAGGGAGAAAAACCGCCAGCACUUCAGGCAUUUCCGCUACCAGGAGGCCGAGGGACCGAGAGGAGCUUACUGCAGACUCCAACAACUAUGCUGUCAGUGGUUGACGGUCAAGAGACACACCAAGGAGCAGAUCCUGGAGCUGCUAAUCCUGGAGCAAUUCCUGACCAUCCUGCCACAAGAGAUCCAGUGUUGGGUUCAGGAAGCUGAGCCAGAGACUUGUACCCAGGCAGUGUCCCUGGUGGAGAAUUUCCUGCUUAGGCAACAAGAGACCAAGCAAAAGGAAAACCAGGUGGCAUUUGAGGAAGCGAGUGCGAGUUCCUCUGAGACAGGCCAGGUUCUGUUUAACUUCAAGCAGGGGAAACUGUGCAUGGAGACCAAGCAGGAAGAUGACAACCGAGGGGGCAGCUUUUGGACUGCCAAAGGGUGGGUGAAUACAGAUGAGAGGAAGAAAUAUACAUCAGAAGAUUCAGAAGCAGUGGAACCCCCCCGAGACAUCACUUUGGAAAACGGAAGGGAUUUUCCCCCCGUGGUAUGAACAGGAAAAUGCCUCAACUGCUGGUGGGAAGGUCAUCUUUGAAACUACAGUCCUGACAGGAAUGGAUGCUGCAGGUAACGAGUGGAAGAGGGAGAAUGAGAGGCCUGUACCCAAGCUGUCAGAAAGAACAAACCAUGAGGAACUGAAAGAGAAGGGUGCACCCAUUCCUUCUCAGGAUGGUGGCUACCACGAAAUCCCAGCUCAACAA